UUUAAAUUUUAAUUUGACACUUGACAGUGUUGUGGUUUCUGUACGUCAUUUUUGCUGCUUUAUGCCCUUUAAAUAAAAUAAAAUUAUUGAAGAAACCCAAGUUAUAACAAGGAUACAAAAUGCCACGCGCGGAAGUAGGUACCCCCAAGUACCUUGCAAACAAGAUGAAAGCGAAAGGUCUUCAAAAGUUGCGAUGGUACUGCCAAAUGUGUCAGAAGCAGUGUAGAGAUGAGAAUGGAUUCAAGUGCCAUACAAUGUCCGAGUCUCAUCAACGACAACUCUUGCUGUUUGCGGACAAUUCGAAGAAGUAUAUCGACGAUUUCUCUCGCGAAUUCAAUAGCACCUUCUUAAAUAUAUUAAAACGUCAGUUUGGAACUAAGCGUGUCAGUGCAAAUCGAGUGUAUCAAGAAUACAUCUCGGACCGUAAUCAUCUACAUAUGAAUUCCACUCGAUGGGUAACCCUUACUGGUUACGUUAAAUGGCUGGGACGUAUCGGUAAAUGCAUCGUUGACGAUACCGAGAAGGGAUGGUUUAUUACAUACAUCGAUAGAGAUCCCGAAACGAUAGCUGCAGAAGAGAAAAGAAAUCGUAAAUUAAAAAUGGAUAAGGACGACGAAGAACGUCUUCAGGAUUUUAUUGAAAAGCAAGUGAAACAUGGCCAGAGUAACAGCAUCUCAACCGAAAAACCAGUUUUCACCGAAUUGGUGAAGAAUGAAGAUGAAAAGUUGUCUCUGGAUCUUAAACUUGCCAAAACUCCUUUCAUAUCGUCUACUGUAACACCACUCAAUAAGCUGGUUAAGCGCUCCAUUCUGGAAGAUAAUAGCGACAGUAAAAGUGUGAAACGGGAGAAAAAAGAAACCAAGAAUAAAUCUGCUCUCGACGAUAUCAUGGCGAAAGAAGAACAGAUAAAGGAUAAAGCCAAUCGUAAAGAUUACUGGCUCACCGAAGGUAUCGUCGUGAAAGUUGUAACUAAAUCAUUGGGCGAAACGUACUAUAAGCAAAAGGGCGUUAUAACAGAUGUAAAAAACAAGUACGCUGCCGUUAUUAAGAUGAUCGAUUCGGGUCAUAAACUGAAACUAGAUCAGGAACAUUUGGAAACCGUGAUACCUGCGGUCGGGCGUGCUGUGAAAGUUGUAAAUGGAGCGUACCGAAAUCAAAACGCCACACUUUUGGGAAUCGACGAGAAACGGUUUUGUGCAGAAAUUGAGAUUGCCUCGGGUGUUUUAAAGGGACGUAAAGUUAGCAAUGUUGAGUACGAGGAUAUUUGUAAAUUACAUACCGAUGAUUAGUUUUAAAAAUAAAAUCCACUUUUUGUUACUUUCUGUAUAAGUUUCUUUAGAUGAGUGUCGAAGAGCAUGCGCUUUUAAUAAAUUAAUGCGUGGAAAA